GUUCAACAUUGUGAGUUGCUUAGGACAAAAACUUCAGCCGUUGAAGAAGAGGACGAAGAAGAGCAGAAGCGGAAACAAUUUGAAGAAGUCGCCUGGGAAGGGGUGCGGAGGAAAGUGGCCUCGACAACCCCGAAAAGAAGCGUGUUGUCCUUCAUUUCGCACGGAACGAACGGCAGUAGCAGCCGCCGCCCCGCAUCACCAUGUCUUUGCUGGGGAAGUUGUUCGGCGGCGCCGGCAAAGGGGGCAAAACCCCGAGUCCGCAGGAGGCGAUCCAGCGGCUGCGCGACACGGAGGAGAUGCUGACGAAGAAACAGGAGUUUCUGGAGAAGAAGAUCGAGCAGGAGCUCCUCACGGCCAAGAAGAACGGCACGAAGAACAAGCGAGCUGCCCUGCAGGCCUUGAAACGGAAGAAGCGCUACGAGAAGCAGCUGGCGCAGAUCGACGGAACACUCUCCACCAUCGAGUUCCAGCGGGAAGCGCUCGAAAAUGCCAACACGAACACCGAGGUGUUGAAGAACAUGGGCUUCGCGGCCAAAGCGAUGAAAGCGGCUCACGAGAACAUGGACAUAGAUAAAGUGGAUGAAUUAAUGCAGGACAUAACUGAACAACAGGAGCAGGCACAAGAAAUUUCUGAUGCCAUUUCAAAGCCUGUGGGCUUUGGAGAAGAGUUUGAUGAGGAUGAACUUAUGGCAGAACUGGAAGAGCUGGAACAGGAAGAAUUAGACCGAAAUUUACUGGAAAUCGGUGAUUCAGAGAAUGUCCCUUUACCCAGCGUGCCCUCUACGUCCUUACCCUCCAGGCCAGAAAAGAAGAGGGAAGAGGAUGAUGAUGACAUGAAGGACCUGGAGCGCUGGGCUAUGGAGGCCAUGUAGAUGAGGGAAAAGGACUUUUUGGUGACUGUCGUUAGUUUGAUUGUUCUUUGUAGGAGGAAGUGUAAUGAUGCUGGAAGAAAAGGAAAAUGAACAAGAAUAUAGCCCCUGAGGUUAGUGAAAAGCUGAAAAAGGGAUGAGUGGCAAAAUAAUAAACUGAAAAAGUUACUGCUGUCUGACAUACCGGUGUGCAUGCAGAAGUACUGACUGAACCCAAAGCUUUCAACCUGGCUUCAGACCUCUAUGUUCCGCCAGUAAUUAGAAGCUAUUGUGGUGUCCUACACAUACUACCAUUUCACAAAGGAGGCUACAACAGCAGGCUUUUGUAUGUACUUAACAGCCUGUCAGUUGCCCUUAAAAUCUGUUUUGGCUCACCAAAUAGCUCUUGUGCAAGCUCCUCCAGAUCUGUAAAGUUGCUCUUGAAUUCUUAAACAUAGUGCUACAUGUGCCACUUAUUCGUUCUUUAAGAAAUUAGUUUAUUUUCCAUCUAUUUAGUAUUGGACAAUUUAACAGUCUCAGUGUACCACUUACAGCUUCAAUGAAAGUCAGUGAUGAAAAAAUCUAAAGAUUUAACCUGAUCAAACAAUAAAUUGCCUAAUAGUUUUAUACCUGAGAAAACAUUUGGUGGUUAAGUUGAGAUGUUGUGGACAACAGGCUGCACUUGAGGAGCCACUGCCCCUCCUCCAUGUGGAACCCCUGUACCCUUGCUCGUUGUGUUAUGUUUUGUCCAGUUCCUGUAGUAAAUUAUUUGUCUGGUAUUUUUCUGUAUUGCAGUGUAGUCCGUAAAGGUGUAUGUUACUUAUCUAGCUGACUGAAAAUGUUAGAAAAAUGAUUUUCAAGAACAGAUAUUGACUGCUGCUACCCAGUUAGCCAUUUGUAUACAUUUUAAAUAAUUGUGUAUCUGCAACUACAGCUGAAUGACUGCAGUCAGUGAACUAUGCAUGCUGUAAUGUAUCACAGUGCCUGUCAGCUGUAAUCCUUGCUGUUCUGGUAACAGACACAAGAGCUGAUGACUGACUAUCUUCAAGCAUGUUUCCCAAAUUCCACCUUUUUGCUAUAGCAGCAUAAGCAAGGUCACCAAGACAAUUUCACUUGCUACAAGGUUGUCUUCCACCAGACCCCUUGCAAUGUUUCUUCUCUGUUAAAUUAUGCUGCACAUAUUGGUUCGUACUGGUUU